AUGUUGCUUCGAAUAGCACGCGUUCGUUCUUCCUUCCUUAAAUCUUCAAUAUCUCCGGUGUUCCUGGUACUGUGCGCCGUUAUAUUUCUCUAUGUGAACUACACAACCUGGUCUUUACCGAACUCAAUACACCACAAUACCCCUCCUCCACUUAUACCCACAACGACCCCAGCAACCACUACUGGAAUCCCGCGAAUUUUGUGGUAUAAACAUGGCCCUCAAGGUCUGAGCGAUCAAGCGAAAGAGUAUCUCGCUUUCUGUCUCAAAAACAACCCAGGCUACGAAUCAAAAUUACUCACCGACGAGUCGGGCGAUGCCUAUGUUCAAGAAAACUUUGCUGCCCAUCGCCCAGAUAUUGUGGAAUUGUACCUCUCCCUAAAAAUCCCUAUCCUGAAAGCGGAUUUGCUGCGACAUCUGCUCCUUUUGCGUGAAGGUGGUAUCUGGAAUGAUUUGGACGUCUCAUGUGGAGAAACACCAAUCGACGACUGGAUCCCCGAGCGAUACAAAAAAGAGACCGACCUCGUCGUGGGGUGGGAGUUUGAUGUAGGAUGGGGCGACAAUUUCGUGCGAGAAUUCGAGACCUGGACCAUAAUGGCUAAACAGAAUUCGCCUCAUUUGUCCAUGGUAAUCAACGACACUGUGCAAGGCCUUCACGAUCUAAGCGUGGAGAAGAAUGUGACGAUUUCAGAAUUGACAAUUGAACUUCUCGGGGAUGGAGGCGUGGUGGAUAUGACAGGACCCAGGAGAAUGACUUGGAGUAUCAUGAAAAGCUUGAAGUCGACACUGCAGAACGGGUUUGAGGAAUCUGAUACAUAUAAUCUUACUGAACCGAUGUUGGUGAAUGACGUCCUGAUCAUGCCUGGGUUCUCUUUCGCGGCCUCAUCGAACCAUUACGCAGAGGAUGAUCCAGUAGGUCCAGCGUUGGUAACGCACCACUAUGCUGGCAGCUGGAAGAACGAACAUGGCGGGGAAACAAAACAAUGA